CACUGGCGGCCUGAACUGACAGGAGGAUGCUGAGCUGCAUUCCCAUCAUUCUGUGAGGAGAGGAGGAUCCCCUUGCGCACCCGCAGCCUUAGGAGACGCCGAGCGAUAAAAAAACAUUUCAAAUAAUCCGAGUUGAGCCCUUUAUCUGCCGCCAUGUCCGCUGGAGGAGAUUUGGGGAACCCCCUGAGGAAAUUUAAACUGGUCUUUUUGGGGGAGCAGAGCGUGGGGAAAACAUCCCUCAUCACUAGAUUCAUGUAUGACAGUUUCGACAACACGUAUCAGGCCACCAUUGGAAUAGACUUCCUAUCGAAGACAAUGUACCUCGAAGACCGAACAGUAAGGCUGCAGCUGUGGGAUACUGCUGGACAGGAGCGUUUCAGGAGUCUCAUCCCCAGCUACAUUCGGGACUCUACAGUAGCUGUGGUUGUCUAUGACAUUACAAAUGUGAACUCAUUCCAGCAGACCUGCAAAUGGAUUGACGACGUCAGGACAGAGAGAGGAAGUGAUGUCAUCAUCAUGCUAGUCGGCAACAAAACAGAUCUCGAAGAGAAGAGGCAAAUCAUGAUUGAGGAAGGAGAGCAGAGAGCCAAAGAGCUGAACGUCAUGUUUAUCGAGACCAGUGCCAAGACGGGCUGCAAUGUCAAACAGCUGUUUCGUCGUGUUGCAGCAGCUCUACCUGGAAUGGAAAGCCUGGACGAUGCAAAUCCUGAAGGCAUGAUCGACAUCAAGCUGGACAAACCAGUAGAGGCCACUGUCCCCGAGGCCGGGUGCUCAUGUUAAUGCAGAGUGGAAAUCGGACAGCUCCCUUCACACCAUAGGCUUGUUGUGCUGCUUACUACCGGCUAGCUUCCAGUUGACUUCUCUGAUUGGAUAUAGGAUGCAAGGCUUGUAUCUGAUUUGACAAAUCAAAUGUUAUCUUUCAUUCUUGUUCAGUUGUACAAUAUUGUAUACUUUGUCAAUAUGUAAGUGACUGGAGGAGGAAAGGUGGGUAAAAAAAACAACCAAAUGUCAAAAUGAAAACGAGCUAAAAAACUGUUUUGGAAGAAUGAAAAAGGAGGAAACGGGACAACCGCCGUAAUUCUUUUCGCUGUUAUGUUUUGUAUUUUUUAUAUAUAAAAAGGGAAAGCACCAAAAAUGAUGCCUAAACAUAGAAGGAAGAAGUAGUGGGGGGGUCGGCCAUUUUUCCUGAUGGCCGAACAAGUCUGAAUGUCUGCAGCACGCAUGCACGUUGAUCUUUGACCUUUGGCCUGCCCUUCAGGGUCUAUGCACUCUGGAGGGAGGUUGACUAUCUUAGAAUGUUUUAUAGCAUCUCUCUAUAGCAUCUCAUGACAAAAUGUAUCUCAUUUGAUAUACCCACAUGAGUCGACUUUCCGUAGGUUCACCUAACAGUAGCUGUAAAAAUGUGGCACUCUUUCUCUCUAUGGGUUUAACUUUUUUAGAACAAACUGUACUGUGGUUUAAAAAAAGAAAGGAAGUAAUAAAAUACAACUUGCAAUCACAACUCCCGCUCCCUCCAAACCACUCCUCUCUCUUUCCCGUUUCCCUUCAGACCCUCUCUCCUUCCCAGUAUCUCCCUCCCUUCCUCCCGGUAACACACAUAUAACGAUCCACUGUAAUGCACUGCACUGUAUAUAAUGAUGUAAUAUGUAUGUUGUGAACGUCCCUCUGUAGAAGUGGUCCUUGUUCACCAGUAUGAAUAAUGUAAAAUGUUAAAUGAUUAAUAAAUUACAGAUUAAAGGGC